CAAAUACCACCCUGUCGUGUGCUAUCAUGAUAAACUUAUGCUAACUUGACGCUUCUCGUUGACACAGCGGCACUCUGAGGGAGAGAGAGAGAGAGAGAGAGAGAGCAUCCGAUGUAUCUUUUUCUGCACAUCACUUUGGAAAUUUGCGCUCGUGUAGUCCUGCUUAAAGCGGUGCUCACCUGCCGGGGCUGUGUGGUUGUGAGCGGCUGAGCAACUGAUUUAAUAGGAUAAUCAGACUAAUUGCUUCCUCUGAUAUUGCCCUCCAUUGAUUGUGUCGACCGUUCCCCUAAUCACUGACAUGAUUUUCUGCAUUUUCGUCUCUCCUGCUGUUUGAAAGUGACCGGCGGCAGGUGUUUUUUUGUGAUCUGAUUUGUGCCAGUCAAGGCUGGCAAUAUGUAAUUUUGGGAUAGACGCUGCGUUUUUGGAGAAGUGGACUAUCUCACAACUGGGAUUCCUUGUUUUUAAAACGUUACUGCUUUACUCUGUAGACCAAAACAGAUUCUGAUACACCGUGAUGGUGUGGGGCUAUCAGAACUGACAGCAGAGUGUACGCUAUCAUUGGGAAACUGCUUGAGGGACUGGUAAAAAAUGAAAGCUCCCAUUCCUCUUCUGAUCCUGCUUCAUGCCGUUGUGGUCCAUUGCCUGAAAGUGGUGUCAAAGAGAGGCUCAGUGGAAGGCUGCACGGAUUGGUCAGUGGACUACCUGAAAUACAAGGUGCUUCUGGGGGAACCUGUACGGAUUAAGUGCGCUUUAUUUUAUGGAUAUAUUCGAGCCAACUACACCCAUGCGCAGAGCGCAGGACUCAGCCUUAUGUGGUACAAAAGUGCAGGACACGGGGACUUUGAGGAACCCAUCAGUUUUGACGGCACAAGGAUGAGCAAGGAGGAGGAUGCCAUAUGGUUUCGACCAGCAGAGUUGGACGAUGUGGGGUACUAUUCCUGUGUAUUAAGGAACUCAACGUAUUGCAUGAAGGUGUCCAUGUCGCUCACAGUGGCAGAAAACGACACAGACCUCUGCUACAACUCCAAAAUGAGGUUCUUUGAGAAGGCUGAACUAAGCAAAAGCAAAGACAUUAGCUGCCCAGGCAUUGAGGAUUAUAUACAGCCGGGAGUGGAGCCAGAGAUUGUGUGGUACAAGGAAUGCAAGCCAAAGCAGUGGAGACAAACCAUAGAAAGGAGGAGGGACACUCUGUCCAUCAAGGAAGUACGGGAAGAUGACAUUGGGAAUUACACCUGCGAACUGCAGUUUGGGAACUUUGUGGUUCGGAGGACUACUGAGUUAUCAGUCACAGCCCCACUAACAGACAAGCCGCCAAAAAUCCUUUUCCCCUCAGAGAGCCAAAUGAGCAUCAUAGAGAUGGCAAUAGGAAGUCCCGUCAACCUAACGUGCAGAGCCUUCUUUGGAUACAGCGGAGACGUCAGUCCACUCAUCUACUGGAUGAAAGGGGAGAAGUUCAUUGAGGAUCUGGAUGAGGAGCGGGUUCAGGAGAGUGACAUCAAGACAAUCCGGGAACACCUGGGGGAGCAGGAGGUCUCCAUCUCGCUGACCAUCGACUCUCUGGAGGAGAGCGAUCUCGGCAACUACUCCUGCUAUGUGGAGAACGGCAAUGGACGUAGACAAGCCAACAUCCAGCUCACCAAGAAAGCAGAGCUCAUGUACACGGUGGAGCUGGCCGGAGGUCUGGGAGCCAUCCUGAUGCUGCUGAUCUGUCUGGUGACGCUGUACAAGUGCUACAGGAUCGAGCUCAUGCUCUUCUACAGGAACCACUUUGGCAGUGAAGAUAUAGAUGGAGAUAACAAAGACUACGAUGCUUACCUGUCCUACACCAAAGUGGACCCGGACCAGUGGAGCCAGGAGACCCGAGAGGAGGAGCGAUUUGCCCUGGAGAUCCUCCCCGACGUGCUGGAGAAGCAUUAUGGGUAUAAACUCUUCAUUCCAGACAGGGACUUGAUCCCCACAGGAAGUUUCACCAAUGAUCAUUUCCAGGAUGACACAAGACUACUUAGAGCCUACAUCGAGGACGUUGCGCGCUGUGUGGACCAGAGCAAGCGGCUCAUCAUUGUCAUGACGCCCAGCUAUGUCGUGCGGAGGGGUUGGAGCAUUUUUGAACUGGAGACGCGGCUGCGCAACAUGUUGGUGACCGGCGAGAUCAAGGUUAUUCUGAUCGAGUGCGCCGAGCUGCGCGGCAUCAUGAACUACCAGGAAGUGGAGGCCCUCAAACACACCAUCAAGAUGCUGACGGUCAUCAAGUGGCGCGGCCCGUCCAGCAACAAGCUCAACUCCAAGUUCUGGAAGCAGCUGCUCUACGAGAUGCCCUUCAAGCGCAUGGAGCCCCUGAGCAUCUCCCACGAGCAGGUGCUGGAUGUCAGCGAGCAGGGCCCCUUCGGCGAGCUCCAGACCGUCUCGGCCAUCUCCAUGGCGGCGGCCACCUCUACCGCCAUGGCGACGGCGCACCCGGACUUGCGCUCGACCUUCCACAACUCUUGCCACACUCAGAUGAGGCAGAAACACUAUUACCGUAGCUACGACUACGACCUGCCGCCCGGCGGCACGCUCCCGCCGCUCUCCUCGCUAGGCAACCAGCACACCUACUGCAACAUCCCCAUGACACUCAUCAACGGACAGCGACCGCAGUCCAAGUCCCCGCGCCAGCAGAGUCUGGAGGAGGCCCACGGCAACAACGCCAUGCUGCCGCUGCUGCCCAGAGAGACCAGUAUAUCCAGCGUGAUCUGGUGACAGAGACGGUGCCGGGCGGGGUAGGCUGUGGAUCUAUAUGAUGUCCGUCACAAGAGGGACUCACCACUGGCACUCGGACCCUGAACGCACCGGAGCCAGAUGAACCUGUAUGGCACUAAGCUACUUGCUGCUGUUGAAUUUGCACCAGGAAACAACA